AUGUCUGGGGAUCACGAUCAUUACCAGCCAACUACACCACCGGGAGUACCUUAUGAGGAAUACCUUGGAUCUGGUCAUAGCCGCAACGCUUCUUCUUCGUCUAUCUACUCUAGUGAAUCUUCGCCUUGGUCAACCAUGACAGGUAACACUAGUCCCGUUACAUCGCCCACUCGUCAUCACCAUGGGCCUGCCCUUUUGCCCAAGAUUAGACCUCAGGAUGUGGUGAUUGAGCCAGUCUCCGCUGGUGGCCCUCUGCGCAAUCGCCGCGUCUUGUCCAACACACGCAACCCUCCCGGAUUUGCGCCUUAUACUCUAAGUCGUCCGUCUCUUCGACGCAACCAACCAAAUGGGGCAGAUAGACCGCCUCUGGCGUCUCCCAUUUCACCCAUCGUCACUACGGGCCUUGUCAGCCAUUCUGCUUUAUCCUCUCCAGUGACCAUAACCUCAAACAAGCGCAAAGGCCCUGGAGGUCACUGUCGAUCUGUUUCGGCCUCCGUUAUUGAUGAGGCUACCCUGAGCCGGUAUGGAUAUCCUACCUACCGACAGCUCCCAAAAUAUAUUCCACACGUACAAGCCCAAACAACCCCAACUACACCAAUUACUCCAGUGACUCCAAAUAUUGUUGUCUAUCCUUCUCAGCCUCAACAAAUGACAGUUGAAGUACCACGGAUUGCUCCCGUACGCACACCAUGCCAUCCAUUGACUGUACCCACGCCUCAGUACUGUUAUAGCCCAAUCCACGGCCCCCAAAGAUCACCAGUGCACCUAAUGAGUCCUCGAGAGGACCGUCCUCCCCCAUCUACCAACUUGAUCUCGUACUUGACUUCCCCUACCCAGGCAGUAAACCUGGUCCGCAAUGUUAGCGUCAUUCCUACCCGUGGCAUGCAUGACUACUUUUGGUGGGACAUCCGUCAACUUCGCAACUGGACUUCUUUCUCCGUUGCUACUAUUGACACAAUCGAUGGACUCACUCAGCUCCUAAAAACUGAGAUUCCCGCAACCCUAGCUCCCCCCGUGGGUGUUACUUCUUCACGUCUCGCCCCAGAAUCCGAGCCCGGCCUUGUUGCCCUAAUCCGAGACCUCUAUGCUCCACGAGUCAACGCAGCCCUAGCCGUCUCUCAAGGAGAAGAGCACCUCCAGCUCUAUGCAGCCCCAGAUAUCCGCCAUACUGGCCACAAAAACCACGGCCACCCGCACUUCUUAGCAAACUAUUCCACCGACACGGACUGCACUAGCGCAGGGCUCCCGCGAGGUCGACUCGUAGGCAUAGUCAAGAGCUUCGACCGAUGGAACUCAGCAAUGCGCAACGAAGCCCCCCACCGUCGCGUCGAGUACCUCAACGGCAUAGCCCAUCUGCAGCGCUGCAUGCGCGAACACUCCUGCCGCUACGGCUUCAUAAUCACCGAGAUCGAACUUGUCUGCGUACGCGCAGGCUGCGACGACGGCUGCGACGUCCCAUAUUUCGGCUACCUCGAAGUCGCAGCCCCAAUCCCUCUUAAAACAGCCGCAACGGGCGGUCCCCUUUCCGCGCGCGACGUGCCGCCAGCCCUGGCAACCCCCAUCAGCGCACGAUCGUUUUCCUCUUCUUCUCACGGCUCGUCAUAUUCCCAAUCCCGGCAUCCGUCCCCAAUGCCAGAGUCGGAAGAUGAUGGUUAUGCAACGCCAAUGACGGCUAGUCUGGCGUUGUACUUCUUGCUCAUGCUUUCGAAAUCCGUUCCACUUCCUCAUCAGCCGUCCGCCCACCUCAACGUUGGCGGCCCUGGUGCCCUUACGCGGCAGCGUACACUCCCUGAGCCUAAAGAUAACUGGAUUCCUGAGCCACAGAUUGGCGAGCGUCGUGACGCUAAGAGGGUCCGGGGAUGGGUUUGGCCUCAGGAUUCUUGGCAUCGUCGUGAAGGGGGCGGUGUUCCUCGAUCAACACGGAACAUCAAUAUUAGGGCGAAGAAGUGGCAUCAGUAG